GCAUUUUUGUGACCUCUCCCCUGAAUUAUAGUGGAAUAGGCCUAUCCCAUUUUGAGUCCCCUAGCGGAGGAAAAUGGGCCUACAGUGAGAAAUUAAAAAUAAGGAUGAGCGCCAUGUCUGAUCCUCCGCUUGUGGAAUAGAGCACCGGACACCAGCACGAAUAUUUCCCGGGCCGGGGGUCCCGUCGGGGUUCGGCGUGAAGGAUGGCCGAAAGCGCUGGGAUUCAGCAAGGUUCGCCGGCCAUCGGAGCCGCGGGCUCGGUUCCGGCGGCUCCUGGAGCCGGGGGAACGGAGGGCUCCGGCGCCGCUGGAGGAUCCGCACGUAUAGCCGUAAAGAAGGCGCAGCUCCGCUCCUCUCCUCGACCGAAGAAACUGGAAAAACUCGGAGUGUAUUCAUCGUGCAAAGCUGAGGGAGCCUGUAAGUGUAAUGGCUGGAAGAGUCAGAACCCCCCUCCCACGCCACCACGAACUGACCAGCAGUCCAACGCAGUCAACUUGCAGGAGCCCUGCCGAAGCUGCUCACACACUCUGGGUGAUCAUGUGACUCACCUGGAAAACGUAUCAGAGGAGGAAAUGAACAGACUCCUAGGGAUCGUCCUGGAUGUGGAGUACCUGUACACGUGUGUUCACAAAGAGGAGGAUGCUGACACUAAACAAGUCUACUUUUCACUCUUUAAACUGCUGAGGAAAUCCAUCCUCCAGAUGGGUAAACCAAUGUUGGAAGCACAGGAGAGUCCUCCUUUUGAGAAACCCAGCAUCGAGCAGGGGGUGAACAACUUUGUCCAGUACAAGUUCAGCCACCUGCCAUCUAAGGAGCGUCAGACCAUCAUGGAGCUGGCCAAGAUGUUCCUCAACCAGAUCAACUACUGGCAGCUGGAGACGCCCUCCCAGAGACGACAGAGGGUGCCCAAUGAUGAUGCAGCUGGAUACAAAGCCAACUACACGAGAUGGCUCUGCUACUGCAACGUGCCUCAGUUCUGUGACAGUCUGCCCCGGUACGAGACCACCCAGAUCUUCGGCCGGACGCUGCUGCGGUCGGUGUUCACUGUGAUGAGGAAGCAGCUGCUGGAGCAGGCCAGGCAGGAGAAGGACAAGCUGCCGCCUGAGAAACGCACACUCAUCCUCACACACUUCCCAAAAUUCUUGUCUAUGUUGGAGGAGGAGGUGUACAGCCAUAGCUCUCCUAUCUGGAGCCAAGAUUUCUUGGCAGGAGCCUCAGGAGGGCAGAUCCCUAUUCAUACAGUCAUCAGUGCGCCCCCAGUGGCCAGGCCGCUGUACUACAGCACCAGUCCCGUGUCGGUGGACCCAACCAGCUGUGGCAGCGUCAGCCCCGCCAGGAAAACAGCCUCUGUGCUGGAGCCGAGCCCAGCAGGAGAGAAGCGUAAAUCAUCAGAGCCGCUCACACAUGAAGAAAAAAAGAGGCCGAGGGUGGUGGGCGACAUCCCCAUGGACCUUAUCAAUGAAGUCAUGGCCACCAUCACCGACCCUGCCGCUAUUCCAGAGACCAGUUUGCUGUCGGCCCACUCGGCGCGAGAUGAAGCGGCCCGUCUGGAGGAGCGCAGGGGCGUGAUUGAGUUCCACGUCAUCGGUAACUCCCUCAACCAGAAGCCCAAUAAGAGAAUCUUGAUGUGGCUUGUCGGCCUCCAGAAUGUGUUCUCCCACCAGCUGCCCCGCAUGCCCAAGGAAUACAUCACACGGCUGGUCUUUGAUCCGAAGCACAAGACUCUGUCUCUGAUCAAGGACGGCCGUGUGAUUGGAGGCAUCUGCUUCCGGAUGUUUCCUUCGCAGGGCUUCACAGAGAUCGUCUUCUGUGCCGUCACCUCCAACGAACAGGUCAAGGGAUAUGGUACUCAUUUGAUGAACCACCUCAAGGAAUACCACAUCAAACAUGAGAUCCUCAAUUUCCUCACUUAUGCUGAUGAAUACGCCAUUGGCUACUUCAAGAAGCAGGGUUUCUCCAAGGACAUCAAAGUUCCCAAGGCCAAGUAUGUGGGAUACAUCAAGGACUAUGAGGGAGCCACACUGAUGGGCUGUGAACUCAACCCCAGCAUCCCCUACACCGAGUUCUCUGUCAUCAUCAAGAAGCAGAAGGAGAUCAUUAAGAAGCUGAUUGAGAGGAAGCAAGCUCAGAUCAGAAAAGUCUACCCGGGGCUUUCCUGUUUUAAGGAAGGUGUGCGGCAGAUUCCCAUUGAGAGCAUCCCUGGCAUACGUGAAACUGGCUGGAAGCCAAUGGGCAAAGGGAAGGAGCUGAAGGACCCCGAUCAGCUGUACAGCACUCUAAAGACCAUCCUCCAACAUGUGAAGAGUCACCAGAACGCCUGGCCUUUCAUGGAGCCUGUGAAAAAAACCGAGGCACCUGGGUACUACCAAGUCAUUCGCUUCCCCAUGGACCUUAAGACGAUGAGCGAGCGUCUGAAGAGCAGGUACUACACAACACGCAAGCUCUUCAUGGCUGACAUGCAGCGCAUCUUCACCAACUGUCGUGAAUACAACCCCCCGGAGAGCGAGUACUACAAGUGUGCCAACUUACUGGAGAAAUUCUUCUACACCAAGAUCAAAGAAGCAGGCCUCAUCGAGAAGUAAGGCAGGGGGAGAAGCUGCCCCGGUCUCUAAACAGAGGAUGACGUCGUCCUUCAAACCAUGAGCGGUUAUGGUUAGGACACUAUAGGUAUUGAAAACCACACUAGUGUGCAUCAACAAGCAAGGAAUAAGACUACUGAUACAGGUUCCAGAAACACAUGAACUUCUACUUGAAGAUGCAAACUGGUCUCAGAUCGGCACGCUUAUAUUUGAUGUAUGCCUGACCCUGAAUCAGUAUCUUAGAUUGAUAUUUACUUUGAAAGAGAGAUAAGAUUAUUUUGAAAAGGAAUGCAUCUUGACCUUGUUAGAUUAUUGUCGCUGUAGGACAAUAGAAAUAUUGUGUCUUCAUACUCCAUCACAUGUAUUCCAAAGUCACACGGAAACAAAGGUCAGUGGAAGGUGUAAUAGUAUUGCUUAAUAAACAGGGCCCGCUGCUUCCCUUAUUAUUAUUUUUUUUUAUGCUAGACUCUGAAGGGACAGCACAGCGCGAGGAUUGAUUUGAGGUUCACCGCACACCUCACUUUCAUUCUCCAUCUGUUCUCUCCGUUCUCGUCAUGCUGUCCCUGCCUUUUUCCGACCGUCUGCCUCUUUUCCUACUUCCCUCUCUCAGUAGACUCAGGUAAAGAGAUGUCACACACAGGAACCACAUCUAUAUGGAGUCUUUGUUUUACAAGUGUUGCCUGUGAAGAACUAGACUGAGAGAUCAGGAUUUCCUGUCUGUAUAACUCUGUUCUAUCUGUGUUGACCAGCGCCUCGGAGCGCGCGUGGCGUUGAUGAGGUCAAAGUUUGUCUGUGAUGAGUUCAUCCUGCCAAAAAAAAGGAAAACAUUUUAAAUUUGUACAAAUUUGAAUUAUUUUAAAGCACUUAUACUCAAUGUAUAUUUUAAAUGUGUACAUAUAAAUACAUAUAUAAAUAUAUAUAUACAUAUAUAUUUUCUUUGUUUCAGAACUUAAAGCUCAUUUUUUUCAAUAAGCCACAUAGGGCAGUUUGACCAUCAAAAUGCACUUUUAUUUUUUUUAAACAAGUAUUCUUUAACACAGCAAAUAAAAGCAUCUUUUUUCCAUUCAAAUCUGAUUUAGAUAUAAACUAUCGCUGACUAACAACUAAUUUAAUUACCUAGAGUUUAUUCUUAUUUAUGUGCUGUAAUUUAAAAGAAUUAUGCUUAAGAAAAGGUCUUAAUUUAUUCUGUCUUAUUUUUGUCCUGCAGAUGGAGAUUGAUAACUUUGUACUUUGGCGAUAAAUGAAAAAAGAUUGUGCAAUACUAUGUAGUUUUGCUGUUUUGUAAAAAGAUGUUUGUACUUUUCAACUUUAGGAAAAAAUGAAUUUUGUAAUGUCUGGAGAAAUUAUUUCAUGCUCUUUGUACUAUUGGUUUUAAUGACAUAGUAUUAGCUUAUUUUAUAGACUGAAUUAAACAGGUGAAACUAA